GCGGUCGGCAACCGGCGGCGGGAGAUCGUGGGCGAGGGAAGCGCGACAGUGGCUGCUUGGGGAGAUCGGCGCUCGGCCGGGUGAGCGUGAGCCUGGGAGAUGGCAGUGAUGGAAAUGGCCUGCCCAGGCACUCCUGGCUCAGCGAUCGGGCAGCAGAAGGAGCUCGCCAAAGCCAAGGAGAAGACACAGGCAAUGGGGAAGAAGCAAAGCUCCGUCAACAAGCUUGAGGCCGUGGAGAAGAGCCCCGUGUUCUGCGGGAAGUGGGAGAUCCUGAACGACGUGAUUACCAAAGGCACAGCCAAGGAAGGCUCUGACGGAGGGCUGGCCGCCAUCUCCAUCAUUGCCCAGGCUGAAUGUGAGAAUAGCCAAGAGUUCAGCCCCACCUUUUCAGAGCGGAUUUUCAUCGCUGGGUCGAAACAGUACAGCCAGUCUGAGAGCCUUGAUCAGAUCCCCAACAAUGUGGCCCACGCAACUGAGGGCAAAAUGGCCCGUGUGUGCUGGAAAGGGAAACGACGCGGCAAAGCCCGGAAGAAACGCAAGAAGAAGAGCUCGAAGUCCCUGGCUCAGGCGGGAGUGGCCUUGGCCAGGCCCCUCCCCAGAACCCCGGAGCAGGAGAGCUGCACAGUCCCUGUGCAGGAGGACAAGUCCCCACUUGGCACUUCAUAUAUUAGAAAUGCCCCCCAGUUCACCAAGCCUCUGAAGGAGCCGGGCCUUGGCCAACUCUGUUUUAAGAAACUUGGGGAGGGCUUACGGCCAGCUCUGCCUCGACCGGAACUCCACAAACUGAUCAGCCCCUUGCAGUGUCUGAACCACGUGUGGAAACUCCACCACCCUCAGGAUGUCGGCCCCCUGCCCCAGCCCCCUCACCCCUUCCCCUACGGCAGAUUGCCCCAUCCCUUCCCAUUCCACCCUCUCCAGCCCUAUAAACCUCACCCCCUGGAGGCCUUCCUGGGCAAGCUGGCCUGUGUAGAUAGCCACCAACCCCUGCCUGGCCUACCCCCGGGCAAACUGGCCUGUGUAGACAGUCAGAAACCCCUGCCUGGCUCGCCUCUGAAGCCCAGCUGCCCGCCUCCUGGCACUCAUGAGAAGUUUUCUGUGGAGGAGUACCUGGUUCAUGCUCUGCAAGGCAGUGUGAGCUCCGGCCAGGCCCACAGCCUGGCUAGCCUGGCCAAGACCUGGUCAGCGGAGGGCUGCAGGCCCCAGGAGCCCAGCCCCCAAACGGAGGACAGCGAGGGAGUCCUGCUCACCGAGAAACUGAAGCCAGUGGAUUACGAGUACCGAGAGGAGGUCCACUGGGCCACGCGCCAACCCUGCCUGGGUAGAGGCUCCUUCGGAGAGGUGCACAGGAUGGAGGACAAACAGACUGGCUUCCAGUGUGCUGUCAAAAAGGUGCGAGUUGACGUGUUUCGGGCAGAGGAGUUGAUGUCAUGUGCAGGAUUGACUUCGCCCAGAAUUGUCCCUUUGUAUGGAGCAGUGAAGGAAGGUCCCUGGGUCAACAUUUUCAUGGAACUGCUGGAAGGUGGCUCGCUGGGCCAGCUCAUAAAGCAGACGGGCUGUCUGCCAGAGGACCGAGCCCUUUACUACCUGGGCCAGGCUCUGGAAGGGCUGGAAUACCUCCAUACCCGCAGGAUCCUACACGGCGACAUCAAAGCUGACAACGUGCUCCUGUCCAAUGAUGGGAGUCGUGCAGCCCUCUGUGACUUUGGCCAUGCUGUGUGCCUUCGACCUGACGGCCUGGGCAAUUCCUUGCUCACAGGGGACUACAUCCCCGGCACAGAGACCCACAUGGCUCCAGAGGUGGUGAUGGGCAAGCCCUGCGAUGCCAAGGUGGACGUGUGGAGUAGCUGCUGCAUGAUGCUGCAUAUGCUCAACGGCUGCCACCCUUGGACCCAGUACUUCCGAGGGCCGCUCUGCCUCAAGAUUGCCAGCGAGCCUCCGCCUGUGAGGGAGAUCCCACCUUCCUGCGCCCCUCUCACAGCCCAGGCCAUCGAGGAGGGGCUGAGGAAAGAGCCUGGCCGCCGAGCAUCUGCGGUGGAGCUGGGGGGGAAGGUCAGCCUGGCGCUGCAGCACGUGGGAGGUCUGAAGAGCCCUUGGAGGGGAGAGUAUAAAGAGCCAAGACAUCCGCCGCCACACCAAGCCUGUCCGCCGCUGCCAAGCCCAGCCCCCUCUCACCAGACCCCUCAAGCCCAGCCAAGGGAGCUCUCACCAGGGGCCCAGGGGGCCCAGCCAGCUGAGGACACAACAGACGGGGCCCCCAAGCUCCCACCUCCUCUACCUCCGGAUCCCCCAGAGCGAAACAAGUGUCCAAGCCUGAACUGGGGCAAGGAGGAGUCUGGGACAUGGGAACCCUUGCCUCUGUCCUCCCUGGACCCAUCCCCCACCAAAAACCCCAGCUCACCGGAGCGAAAGGCGACCUUCCCAGAACAGGAAUUGCAGCAGCUGGAAAUAGAAUUAUUUCUGAAUAGCCUGUCCCAGCCAUUUUCUCUGGAGGAACAGGAGCAAAUUCUCUCGUGCCUCAGCGUUGACAGCCUCUCCCUGUCAGAUGACAGUGAAAAGAACCCGUCAAAGGCAUCGCAGAGCUCGAGGGACACCCUGAGUUCCGGCGUGCACUCCUGGGGCAGCCAGGCCGAGGCUCGCAGCUCCAGCUGGAACAUGGUGCUGGCCCGGGGACGGCCCACCGACACGCCAAGCUAUUUCAACGGUGUGAAAGUCCAAAUACAGUCUCUCAAUGGCGAACACCUGCACAUCCGGGAGUUCCACCGGGUCAAGGUGGGAGACAUCGCAACUGGCAUCAGCAGCCAGAUCCCAGCUGCAGCCUUCAGCUUGGUGACCAAGGACGGGCAGCCUGUGCGCUACGACAUGGAGGUGCCAGACUCGGGCAUUGACCUGCAGUGUACCCUGGCCCCGGAUGGCAGCUUCGCCUGGAGCUGGAGAGUCAAGCACGGCCAGCUGGAGAACAGGCCCUAACCCAGCCUUCCGCCACCGGCUCCGCUCAGCCAGAAGCAGCCUUCCUGCUCGGGGCUCGAUGCUGCCGCUGAGACACAGGCGAGGGCUGCUCCCAGGGCUCUCAGCGGUGGGACCAAGGGCAAAGUGGGCACCAGCAAAAGGCCUCCUAGGAUUUCCCAGUUGUGUCCUACUGACCACCAAGAGAACACCCUAUGCCCACGUGAGGAGGAGGAGGAAGACUCUCUUCCUUCAGGGAACAGAGAGGGUCUUCUCUGCCCUGGUUCAAACAAGCUGGCCUGACCCUUUGGCUCAGUGACCACUUGCUGGAAAUCAGGGGAGAGCAGUUUCCAGCCCAGGUCAGGGAGAGGCAGGCGAGCCCCUCAGCCUCCAGACAGGUACGAGGGUGUCAGUGUCUGAAGACCCACACCCGGGUCCAUAUAGGGCCAGGCAACAGGUGUGCCCACCCUUGGGUAAACAGGGGACCCUCUGACCCCCUUGCCUGGCCUUGCCUGGCCAUUGAACCCCUUUUAGAUCUAGGAAUUCUUCAGUCAGGGAGGGAGGAAUGCCUGACUGGCAGGUCUCCCUGGGAGAACAUACCACACUUUUCAGGGCGUUGCCACACAGGUCCUGCGCUGAACUCGGCUUCAGCCGAGGACCAAAGAAGGUGUUCAAGUGAUACAGUUCUCAGUCCCCACACACGUGCCCCUUUGCUGCGGGCCACCAGUCUUCCCCGGAGCAGCAGGUGCCAAGCCCCAGCUGCAGGCCCAGCACUGCCCCUGGCUAGCUGGCACUCAGUUCCCUCAUCUGUAAAAGUGAAGGGUGAGGGGCACCAGGCCUUCCUGACAGGGACAGUCGGAGGAUAAGGCACGGUAGAUGGAAAAGAAAGCAGCAGGUGUAGCCACAGCUUUCAACAUCUUGCACAACAGCUUCCCAAGACACAGCUCAGGCAUCAUGCCCACACUGACCCUGCCCUGCCCCUGGUUACAUGGGCUCUGCCAGCUGCACUUUGCACUCUGAUGACCACGAAGCACUUUCAUGGCUGCCCUCCAGAAGGGCAGGUCACUGGUUCUGCAUGAGCACAAGCAGACUAGGAGAUGGGGUGAAGGGACACAAGUCUUGACCUGUUUCCACACAUGUGAUCCCUUCAAACCUUCAGAAUUCUUUAAGGUGAGCACCCCCCCCCCCCAAUUCCUCUCCAUUGCCCCAGUCCACCUCUUCAGGGGGGAAGUUGAUCAGAACUCAUGUAGCAUUAAUCAACUGUGAAUCUUUGAGGGUUGAGGGGCCUGCUGGUCUCAGCCCCUGGGGAUGAGGGGAUAUCCCCUGAGAUUCCUCCUUGGGAAAAGCUUGUCCCCAUGUCUUGCCAAGGUGCUCUCUGUCCAGCUAUCUACAUGAAGCCAUACUGCUCCCCAGGGAGAGACUUUGGCCCCCAGCACGGAGAACUGCAGCCUUGGUACUGCAGAGUUCGAGUUGUAGAGAAUUCUGUAAGCAAUAAAGUUUGGAGUGAUGACACGUAUUUUGGCCAUGGCCGUCUCCACUCUCGUCUGCCUGCUUGUCAAGUCUGCCCCUUGUUUGGGGCAAGGGCGGUUUUCUUAAGUGGGGUUACUUUUUCCACCCCUCCCAGUGGGUGCUUCCACCUCUGAGCUAUCCAUUCAGACCAGUUCAGCAAGAUAACCCACCUGAUGGCAGCAGGGAAGUCCCUGCCAAACACUGCCAGGCCGAGGGAGGAGGAGAAUGAUGAAGA